AUGCCUCCGAGCUUCACAUCACGCCCACGCUCGUCGCGCGGAGAUUCGCGCGGAGAGUCUCGCCCUGUCAGUCGUGCUGACGAAGACCUGGUUAUCCCGGACCGUACCUCGUCGCUCCAUUCACGUAUCACACAGCCUCUGGCAGCCCAACUAUCCCAGCCGCGAAAUGGUCAGCGUACACCAAAGACUCUCACCCAUGCCUACAUGGUAUGUGGUGUCGGCCGUGAGCCCUCGCAAUGGGUCAAGGCUCCUCCGCCUCCACAGGGAAAGAUUGGACACAUGAAGGGUGCUGUUGGUCAAUUUUGGCUUCCUGAGAUUCUGGGAAGUAGUCCAAGACUGGAGCAGGAUAACGACAUUGCCCGUGCUCUUCACGCUGCCAUGAGGGCAUGUUUCCCUCACGACGUCGAAAUCUGUACUGGCACGAUGCAGCCUCACUGUGUCCACCAUGCAUUCGUCCUCCAGCAAGAUUCCUCUCACACUCUAUACGGUAUUGCUCUUCGUGUUUGGUCUCGCGCAGAUGAAAAACGUGCAGAGACGAUCCGCGAAUUGAGGAAGCGUACAGAAUCCGACUACUACGACACUCCCGGUGAGACAUACUGGAUCCCUUACUGCUUGAGUUUCCUUUCUAGAUACCCUCUUUACAACCUUCUCGGCGACUACCUCCGUGGCAUGUGGAUUCACUGGAACAAAGCCACCAACCUCUUCCAUGCAGAGGAAGUUUCUCGCAUUCUUAGUUUCCCCGCUCCCAGACUCAACGACCUGGUCCGUAUCGACAUGAAGGACUACGCCCUAUGUUACCAGUUCCCUUCUUCUCCUACCGGCUUCCAGAACUUUGCCAUGUGGCCUCUAUUCUCUUGUUUGUCUAUCCCCAACAUCGUCGGUGUCGUCGAAGCCGCCAUCUCGCCAACCAGAAGAAUCAUCUUUGUCAGUCACUACCCUGCUAUGCUGACAAUGGCUGCCGAAACUAUUCGCUAUCUGGUUCGCGUCUACGAAUGGAGCGGCUUGUAUGUUCCUAUCGUGCACGCUCGUCACGCAAAGGACCUUGUCCAGGAACCUGGUCCGUACAUCAUUGGUGUCACUGCCGAAUGUCGUACUCUCUUCACUGCUCCCAACGAUGCUCUGGUUGUUGACCUCGAUCGUAACUUUGUCUUGACUUCGAGCCCUCCGGAUGUUCUGACAGGAGGUCAAAGAACAAAAAUGGUCAACCGUCUUACCCAGGCUCUGAAUGGCGAUGUCGCUCCUUCUGGUGUUCCUCAACAUCUCCGUUCGGCUUACGGUGGGGGCAAGCUUAUUCCUGCUGGCCAAAUUAUCGUCAUGCGUGGCGAGGUUGAGAGUGUUCAAGAUCCUGGCUGGUGGAACCAAGACGCAGUCAUGUCUGUUAUGGACCAUGUCUGCGAAAAGCUUGGCCGCAACACUGGCCUGAAAGCCGUCUUUGGCGGUUCUCAAAAGAAGCCUCUGAUGACGAAGGUUUCGAUGCGUCACCUUAACGAAAUCAUCCGCGAACGUAACCAAUACUCUCGCGAUGCAAACGAGGCAUGGCAAGAUUUCAUCAACCUCAAGUGUCGCAUGGACACCGAAGUUGUCAAGGUCAACAAGCGCAACAACAUCCUCGAUGCUGAACUCGACUCGUGGAAGCAGCAAUUCCUCAAGUUCCAAGCUUUCGCCGAGACACUUACCAAGGAGACACAAGAGCUCAAGGUCAAGAUUGAGAGUCACAAGCGCGAGAACAGAAGAAUUGCUCAGAUUGCAGAUCAGGCGAAGGAGGAGAUUGCUCGUCUUACACCUAGACUCAGCGGCACAGAGAAGCAAAGAGACGAUGCUUUGGAGGCUCUUGUCCUGCAGCAGGAAAUCGCUGAGGAGCUCGAACGCGAACGCAAGCGUAACAAGCAAGAAAUCGCGUCUUUGCAACAGACCAACUCUGCUGUACUCCGUCAACGUGACGAGGCACAGCGGGUUGUUCUCCAUUUACGUGCUCUGAUCGAUGGUCAGGCUCACCACAUGGAGCACAUUGUGCGCACCAUCGAGUUGCCUGAUGAAGUUGAUGAGGCUGCAGCCACUGCUCUUCCCGUAUCGCCUGCUCCCGGUUCUUCCAUCUCCGGAGAUAUGUCUAGUGCUCAGACCUCGCGUGCUUCAUCACGCAGCAGCACUCGCCUGUCGACUCGCGGCGAAGAUGCAGCAGCUGAGGCCCUUCGUCGCAACGCUGAUGCUCGUCGUCGUUUGAGCGGACUCAGCAUGACUGACGUAGCAGACCGCCAAUUGCGUGACAAGACUGACGCUAUCGCUUACAUCAUCCGUAACAUCAGCGAGCAGUGUGCCGCUGCUGUCGAAGGUCUCAACAUGGCUCAUCGCGCCGAGUCAGUUGCUAGCGACCGUCACGAUAAUGACGACGAAGCCAGUCUUGCAUCCACCGAACAUGGAGGCAAAUUGAAGCGUCGCAGCAAAGGUCGCAUCAUGACGCGCGCAUCGCUUAGCGACGCCCCCUCCGAGUACGACAAUAGAUCUGAAGCAUCUGCUUCGUCAAACUACGAUUCGCGCAGCCACACCGUUCGCAGCAGCAUUCCACCCACACCCGAUCUCGUGCACAGUCACAGUCUGAACACGCUGAAUCGCAGCAGCACAUCUAUGAGCAUGAUUUCUUCGUCCACAGCUGCCACUCCCGACAGAGGAAGCAUGCAGAGCCACUGGCGCACAACUCUCUCCGAGGAUAUCCCAGAGCUUCCUGCUACUAAGAUUUUGAGAUCAGAGUCUGGUGACUCGGGGGUCGUCGACGAGUUUGGCGCCCAGUCUGCUGAGGAUGAAGAGCCUGUCAACGCCAAGUAUGCGACUCAGGGUCUUGAGCAUCGUUUUAACAUGCGCGCUGUCAAUUAG